AAUCCCUUCAAGACUUCUCUCUAGUGUUCAGUUUGCCUGAGUGAUCUUCAUUUACAGUCUGGAUUUCGACAGCCUCUUUUUUUUUUUUUUUUUUUUUUUAUGGUGGAAUUUGCUCAAUCAUGCUAGGUUGGAGAGGUUCGCUGAUAUGUGUAUUUUUGUGUCAGUUCUGGACACAAACUCCAGUCAUUGCUGGUAAAGGCUGCAGUGGCUUUGGACACUUAGAAAAUGGCCGUGUGUUUUUCCGUUAUGGAGGGCUGUAUGUUACCUUUACCUGUAAUCCAGGCUACCGCAUCCAUGGUUACCGUACUAGCAGCUGUGUAUCUGGACAGUGGGCUAGAGACCCACCGCUGUGUGUGGCAUCAGGAUGUCCCAGCCUUGGUGAUCUCCUGCAUGGCAGUACUUUGGUUUCUAAAGACAGAUCUCUGGCCACCUUCAGCUGUGACACGGGAUACAGUUUGUUCGGAUCUGCAUUUCUCUUCUGCAAGGGGAAAAGCUGGAACGGCACUAAGCCUGUCUGCAAAGUGGCUGAUAUCAUGAGCGUUCUUUAUCUGAAUCAAGACUCUUUACACAGUCCUGUCUCAGCACAGGGCCGAGAUGUUCCUACAAGCCUGAAGGUUUACUUACAUAGCCAUUUAAACACUGCUCACAAGGAUGCUUUUUUAAAAACAGUGUUGCGUGGGGCCCCUUACAUCAGACUUGACUUUACAGACCACAAGCAGAAAAAUGUUUUAAAACCAGUAGAGAAAAAGCCCUCAAAGAUUCUAUUGUCUGACAAAACACGAGACGGUGGAAAGGCUGAGCCAAUCCACAACCUUGAAAAUUUCAAGGGUCCAAUCAGGAACUCUGAUCUUCAGAAAUCUGAAACUGUGGCAUCUGCAAAUGUCAACACGAUCUCAUUAACCAGUUCUUUUCUUGAAUCUCCUUUGUGGAGCACCACACCAACCAGCUUUGUAACUCCAACGAUGCACACUCAACAAGUCAUGGAUCAAACCUUUACCCAGGCACCAUACAGAAGAUAUCAGUCCACACUCAGUGCAGACAAACUAUUUCAAACAGCCUCCGUCAUUUCAGCUGCUAAGACUUUACCAGAAUACAGUAAAAAUAAUUCAAACUGGAUGUUAACUACACCUGCAGCAAACAUCAACACAUUAGACACAGAUGACCGUCUACAGUCAGAGACUUUAAUCAAAGUAGACACCGCUGACAGUUUUGAACCUUCAGCUACAAUCUAUCCUAGUUUUAUGAUGUCUAAACACGAGUCUGUUUCCUCUGCACUUGAUCAGUGGUCUACUUCUCCAUCUACCUCCAGCAGACUCUUUGAACAAAGACCAGACCUUACUGAGACAUCACUAUCACCAGAUACCACUGGUACCACUAUUUCACCUGGCCAGGAGGUCUUGAUGACAGCCACCCAGCUAGUGCCCAGUGACCUUCAUCUGAAGGCUCCAACAGACGUCCAAAUCUCAACUGACAUUACAGAGGAUCAAGUCAAUGAAAAAAGCAAUCAGAGUGACCCAAAACAAACACUCGAUAUGUCAGCAUGGAAAGAUCUUGCAAGAUUUUCAAGGAUACGUCGUCCAGUGUGUCCCUACCCUCCGUUUCCUUCUCAUGGAACGUUCUACUUUCGGUCGAUAAAGAAUCCUGACCCGCUACAGUAUAAGCAUUAUAUUCAGUACGCGUGUUACCCUGGAUACACAUUGACCAAUGGUGAUGUCUACAGCUAUUGUCAGCACAAUGGACAAUGGAGUGGCCAAACACCUCUCUGCUUAGAGUUAACUCCUUGCUCCAUAAACAACGGAGGAUGUUCACAGAUCUGUCAUGUCAAUAGCCAGGAUCGUGCCCAGUGUCUUUGUAAACCAGGAUUUCUUCUUCUGGAGGAUCAGCGCACCUGUCGAGAUUUGGAUGAAUGCGUGGAGGAGUUGCACCUGUGCCAGCAGGUCUGUCAAAAUACGCUGGGCUCAUACAGGUGCAGUUGCAGUCCAGGGUUUCAGAUCUCUUCAGACGGGACAUCCUGCUCUGAUGUGGAUGAGUGUGAACGUGUUGGCACUGCUCUCUGUGUAUUUGGCUGCAUUAAUACACCAGGCAGUUUCCAGUGCUUGUGUCCUAUAGGUUACCAACUGGACAGCAACAAUAGGGAUUGCAAAGACAUUAAUGAGUGUGAUGACCCCGCCGUGCUCCAGCAGAAGCAGAUGCGCAGGUGUGAGUGGAAGUGUGUAAAUCUGCCAGGUACUUACAGAUGCGUCUGUCCUCGUGGAUACAGACUGCACCCUAAUGGACACCAGUGUGAAGAUGUUAAUGAGUGUGAACUGAAGAACGGCAACUGUUCUCACCUCUGCAUCAACCACAGAGGCGGCUACAAAUGUGCCUGUCCUGAAACACAUCAAAUAUACCCAAAUAACCAAAAAAACUGUCAGCCGGUAGACAAACACACUAUUUCCUCCCACUGACUUUUUAAAAUCUUUUUUGUAUAUUAAUUUAACUAUCAUUUGCAUUUAAUACAAAAUAUUUAGUUUUUUUGCAUCCACAGUUAUGUAUGUAUAAGCUUUGAUGAUGACGAGGUAUUUAUAAUUAAAACUUUCUGCUUUGUUAAUG